AUUUAACGAUUGCACGUGAAUUCAUUUGGUUUACUUUUGCAAGAGAACUUUAUUGCUAAACGAUGGCGGACAAAGAAAACAGCCCCAACAACAAGAACACAGGUGGUUUCCCCGCGGAGGAGGAAAAGCAGAAGGAGAACGAUCAGCAGAAGGAGAACGAUCAGCAGAAGGAGAACGAUCAGCAGGAGGAAGUGCAGGAAGAGCCGACAAAGGAUGAAUCCAAGGAGGCCGGUUCGACGCCGCCUCCAAAGCACAUGGGAGUUCACAAUUCGGCUCGGGCAGAGCUGGCUCGGCUGCUCGUCGAGUUGUUGGUACAACAGGCAGAACUGGAUGCAACCAACGGUGGCAGCGUGUCAGGGAAUCUCGAUGGCGGCAAUUCCAAUGAGUCCCAACCGUUGAACGUGCCGCCUACGGAUGCGCUCCUGGUCCGCGGCAAAGCAAUUGAGAAUGUUAUGUACAGCUAUAUGCUUGGUGACACGGUCUACUUCAUUGUCACCUGGAAGGGAUCCAAGUGGGGGGAAGCCGUGCCUGUUCAGGAGAUCAAACAUGUGCACCCCAAGCUACUCAUUGACUACAUUAAGAGCCUGAAGCUACAGGACUGAAAAAACCUCCGAAGCCCGAGGAUUUAUAAUAUAACUGGAGCAGAUCUCCAAAUUGACUUUAUCCAUUAUCAUUAUCCAUCCAUGAAGAAAAUGUUAAAAGAUCUUGAAUCAACUCACAGUAUUUAAGUUAAAUUACUUUAUUUUUUUUUUCGUUUUUGUCUUGUAACAAUAAGUUUGCUUCAAAAUAAAAUUAUCCUUUUUAUUGUUUGUAAGU